AAAAAAAAGGGGGCAGGGCCUUGUGGUGGGGGUGGAGGAGUCGGCUUUCAGGCGGUGAGGCGCACGGUGCUGUGGAGCCGCUCAGUUGUGCGCACACCCGUCCACAGUGCACUGCUCUGUACUACACCUCACUACACUACACCUCACUACACUACACACACCGGCUGUGUGUGAGAGAGUGGAUGCUGACUGAGCCGAGGAGCAGGAGGACCGCAGGGCUGCAGACCGAGCCCGUGUCUCCUGCAGACUGACCCAGACGUCCUCACCUGACUGACCAGGACGCAGGAAAAAAAAAAAAAAAAAAAAAAAAAAGGGACGCCUGAGUGGAGGAGAAGAAGGAGAAGAGAAGGAGGUCUGGAGGAUCAGUGACUGUCACCGUGUCUGGAUAUGAUGUGGAUGAAACAGAGGGGAAUUAAAGGACCAGUUCAGCUGAUCGAGGAGCGUUCAUGAUCCGCCGCUGCUGCUGGAUUCACUGACCGAAGGAAAGAGAGGAAUAAUUGGGAAACGGUUUGCAUACUAAUCAGGAUUCAGACAGGAGAAAGGAGAGAAAGGAGAGGAGAGGAGGAGAGCACACACGUCCAGAGCAGCUGAGAGAGGCUCAGAUGAAUAGACAUCAGUCAUCUCAGUCUGCAGGAGGCCAGGCUCUGGACACAAACACUGCUGGAUCCAAUAUCUAGAAUUCAUUAGAAUAUUAACAUGUCACAUGUGUAGCCGAGGCCAGCCAUGUCCAUAACAAGUAAAGGGUCAGGAAGGAGGACUUGGGUCAGCGGACCCUGUGUGUGUUUUUACCGGUGGAAGACAUUCUUCUACCUCUGCACUGUCCUGGUGGCCGCUCUGUCCACGACCGUCCGUGGAGCCCUGGAGCUCCAGCUGGACGAGGAGCAGCCGGCAGGAACCAUAGUCGGGGACAUCAGCGCAGGUUUACCCCCUGAAGAAACCGCAAGUCUCUACUUUAUCUCCGACCACGAAGGCACCGGUGUUGGCAGUGACCUCACCAUCGACGAGACCACGGGCAUCAUCACCACUGCGCGCCGCCUGGACCGCGAGCAGAGGGACCACUACAGCUUCAUCGCCGUGACCAUGACAGGAGUCACGAUCGAGGUGUCCAUUACCGUCAACGACAUAAACGACCACGCGCCUGUCUUCCCUAAAAAGAAGGCGGUUCUCAAGAUUCCUGAGCACACAGCGGUGGGAACCAGAUUUUCUCUGGAUCCGGCCACCGAUGCAGACAAGGACCAGCUGACCACACAAGGCUACGCUAUCAGAGAGGGCAACGUGGGUCAGGCUUUCAGACUGGACACCAAGAGAGCAGCCAACAAGGUGUUGUACCUGGACCUGGUGGUCAACGGGUUGCUGGACAGAGAGAAACGUUCCUCCUACUCCCUCGUUGUGGAGGCGUUCGAUGGAGGGUCGCCUAAGAAAAUGGGAUCCAUGAACCUGGAUGUGAUCGUGACCGACAUCAAUGAUCAUGCACCGGUGUUCAACCAGAGUCGAUACCACGCCAUCAUCUCUGAAAGUCUUCCACAAGGAAGUGGCAUACUGCAGGUGUUCGCGACAGAUGAAGAUGAGGGCGACAACGGUCUUGUGCUUUAUGAGAUCAACCGGCGUCAGAGUGAUCCCGAACGCUACUUUGUCAUCGACAUUAAAUCAGGGGUCAUCACUCUGAAUAGACCCCUGGACUAUGAGCUAAAGAGGGUCCAUGAACUGGUGGUCCAGGCCCGGGACAAUGCCAGCCAUCCUGAGGUGACCAAUGCCUUCGUGACCAUCCACGUCCGUGACUACAAUGACAAUCAGCCCACCAUGACCAUCAUCUUCCUCAGCGAAGACGGAUCUCCUAGAAUCUCAGAGGGAGCCCAGCCGGGUCAGUACGUAGCGCGGAUAUCUGUCACCGACCCAGAUUAUGGAGAGUACGCCAACGUGAAUGUGUCCCUAGAGGGGGGUGAUGGGAAGUUCGCUCUGACGACCAAGGACAGCAUCAUUUACCUGAUAUACGUGGACCAGGUCCUGGACAGAGAAGAACGGGAUUCCUAUGACCUGAGGGUGAUGGCCACAGACUCUGGAACGCCGCCGCUCAGGGCGGAGUCAUCGUUCACCAUCCAGGUCAUGGACGUCAACGAUAACCCUCCUCUGUUCGACCAGCAGACCUACAGACAGACCAUCCCCGAGGUUGUAUAUCCUGGAUCCUUUGUUCUUCAGGUCACCGCACGAGACAAGGACCAGGGCCCGAACGGGGACAUCAGAUACAGCAUCCUCAAGGGCAAAAACUCUGAUUGGUUUUCUAUCGAUCAACAAACGGGAAUCAUCACUACUGCUGCCGCCCUUGAUUUCGAAUCCGAGCCGGCUCCGAGCGUGACUGUUAUUGCGAUGGAUAACGGCCGCCCUGCUCUGUCGUCCACCGCCAAGGUAGACAUCGUGUUGCAGGAUGUUAACGACAACACGCCGGUGUUCUCCAGCAGCUCCUACAACGCAUCCAUCAAGGAGAACACGCCGGCAGGGACCUGUUUCCUGGAGGUCUCGGCCACAGACGAGGAUCGUGGAUCUUUUGGAGCCAUAGCCUACACUCUGGGCUCCGCCUCCGGAGGCCUGGCACCGACAUACUUCACCCUGGACAAAGAGACGGGCCAGCUGUGCACUAACGCAGCUCUGGACCGGGAUGAAGGACUGGACAAGUUUCACCUGAGUGUUACUGCGACAGAUGGAGGUGGUCUGAGCUCAGUGGCCCGUGUGCAGGUGUCAGUGGUGGAUAUAAAUGACAACCGGCCGACCUUCUACCCAGUUCUCUACACAGUCAGUCUCAGUGCCCACAGUGCACCAGGAACCUCCGUCGUCAAGGUAACAGCCAAUGACCCAGAUGCUGGUGAGAACGGCAGGGUGACCUAUCGCACAGUGCCAGGAGGCGGGUCCAACUACUUCACCCUCAACAAAGACACAGGAGUCAUCUCUCUCUCCCGCUCCCUCCACGGUAAAGCCAACACAGUCAUCUCCAUGGUCAUAUCAGCCCAAGAUGGCGGCGGUUUGACGGCGCCGGUCAACGCCAGGGUGAACGUGAGCGUGGUGGGAGGCUCGGUGGCGUCGCCCGUGUUUGAACAGGCUCAGUAUUUCUUCACCGUGUCCGAGGACGUCCUCAGAGGGACGGCGGUCGGAGUGGUGCGAGCUGCGACCAGGACGGGUGUGUCCAAAGAUAUCUUCUACUCCAUCUCCUCUGGAGACCCUGAAGGUUUCUUCACGGUGGACGCUGCGUCUGGCGUCAUUCGUACGGCUCUCCCUCUGGACCACGAGACAUGUUCCAGUCUUGAUCUGGAAAUCCAGGCCCGCUCUGGUUCGCCGCCGGCGUACGGUACCGCACGAAUACACAUCACCAUGUCAGACGUCAACGACAACGCACCCGUUUUCCUUCCCACAUCAUCGGAAUCCCUGCUGUUACCUGAGGUCACCAAAAUGGGAGCCGUCAUCUACCGCAUCCAAGCCACCGACAAGGACUCGGGCCACAAUGGUCAGCUCAGCUUCGACCUGGUCUCUGCGGGAUCUGCCGGCAGCAGCGGCCAGAGGACGUUUGGCGUGGACCGAGGUAGUGGUGAGGUGCGUCUGAUUGGCGGGCUCUCCUACGAAACUGUCCCACGCUACGACCUCCAGGUGGUUGCCAAAGACGGAGGAGUGCCUCAGCUCAGCUCCACCUUCACCCUCGUGGUCCACAUCCAGGCACAGGAUGCCCAAGGCCCCCACUUCGACACACUCACUUAUCGCGUGGAGUUGAGAGAAAACACUCCGCUCAACACUCGCUUCCUCCAGGUCCGAGCGCUUAACAGAGAAGGAUCUGGGACCGGUAGGAGCUCCUCCUCGUCCUCGUCCUCCUCCUCAUCAUCAUCCACUCCCUCCUCUAUUUCCUACCGUCUGAGGCCUGACGGAGAUGCUGCAGGUUUCGGCAUCAUGCCCGAUAGCGGUUGGCUCUUUGUCCGCAGCUCUCUGGACAGAGAAGUCAAGGACAUGUAUCUGCUGACUGUCCUGGCGACCUCAGGUCCAGGAGGAGCAGGAAGAACUGGAAGUGCCACAGUGAGGGUGACGGUGACCGACGAGAACGACAACUCCCCCAGGCUGAGCCAGGAGAGGGUGUUCCUGGCCGUCAGGGAGAAUCUGAUGGCCGGGACAGGCUUCGGCAGGGUGUCUGCCACGGACAGGGACGCCGGACUGAACGCCAGACUCACCUACAGACUGCUGCACGCGGACAAACACUUUCAGAUCAACUCACAGACGGGUGAAAUCAGCACCCGUUUUGCCCUGGACAGGGAGCAACAGUCCAGUUACCAGCUGGUCGUGGUCGUCCAGGACGGAGGGACGCCUCCACGUAGUGCAACUGGUACAGCUCAUAUCUCUGUACUGGAUGAGAACGACCACCCGCCCAGCUUCACUCAUGCCAGGCCGGACCGAGAGCUGCUUCUGGAGGUCUCCGAGGGACUUCCAUCUGGAACGGUCGUAGGAACACUGAUGGCCAAAGACCCGGACGAAGGAGAGAAUGGAACUGUUUAUUACUCUCUCUCAGGCCCCAGAGCCGAGCGCUUCUCCCUGAACCCCACCAGUGGGGAGCUGAGAACCGCGGCCCCUCUCAGAUGGUUGGAGCGAGCUGAGUACAUGUUUACCGUGACUGCGGCUGACCACGGAACACCAGGCCUCAGCUCCACCUGCCAGCUACGGAUACAGGUUUCAAGUACCUCCAGGUCCAGCCCCAAGACCAACACGCUCUCCAUGAUCCUGAACAUCAUCGAAGGGGCGGCUCCCGGCUCCAUCAUUGGCUCUUUACGUCCACAUGACAAGCCCGACACAGCGGUGCUGGAAGGACAGGUGACCUACCUGGUGGUGGGGGGGACGGACCGGGACGGAACCUUCAUGGUGGACCGACUGAAGGGAGAUGUUUAUCUGGUGCGCGAGCUGGACUAUGAGAAGGGCUCCAGGUACACGCUGCAUGUGGAGGUGUCGGACUUCUCUCAGGAGUUUCCCAGCAGCCACCUGGUGCAGCUGGACAUCCAUGUGCAGGACAGCAACGAUCACGCUCCUCAGUUCAUGGAAGACCCCGUUACCAUCGUGAUCCCAGAGAACAUAGAACCUGGAGCCUCCAUAUAUACUUUCCAGGCCUUGGACAAGGACGGCAGUGGACCCAACAGUGAUGUCCGUUACUCCGUCGAACACCACUGGCCUGACACGCCCGACCUGCUCUUCUUGGACAGUUCCACCGGAGUCCUGACCCUGGGACAGAAGUUGGAUCGCGAGUCGACCCCUUCGCUCUUCCUGGUGGUGCGGGCCACGGAUCAGGCCGUGGAUCCUUCUCAGAGACGCUGGGGUUCCGUCACAGCCAGGAUCUUCGUGACAGAUGAGAACGACAACGCUCCAGUCUUCAGCUCUCCCUCCGCCGUCAGCGUCAUGGAGGACCAGCCUGUGGGCUUUGUGAUUUUGUACGUAAUGGCCCGAGAUGAGGACGAGGGUGAAAAUGGACGGGUGUCGUACAGGAUCCAGGCAGGAAACGGCGCCGGACGCUUCACUCUGAACCCCAACACUGGCUCUUUGUCAGUCCUUAAACCUUUGGACCGAGAAGAACAGGAAGUCUUCAAUCUGACCAUUGUGGCGGAGGAUCAUGGGAUACCUCAGCUGUCCACCUCCCAGGUGCUUUGUGUGCAGGUUAUUGAUGUGAACGAUGAAGCUCCGGUGUUCCAGUCCUCAGAGUUCCAGACCCAGGUGUUGGAAAACCAAGGACCAGGAACGACAGUGUUGACAGUGACGGCUACUGAUCGGGAUCAAGGCUCGAACGGUCACGUGAUGUACGGAGGAGUGACAGAGGAAGGCUUCGUCAUCAACCCCAUCACGGGAGUCAUCACCACCACCAAGGAGCUGGACGCCGAGCGGCAGGACCACUACACCCUGACUGUGUACGCCAGGGACGGAGGGCUGCCUCCCAACUUUGCCAAGGCCGUGGUUCGUGUAGAAGUGCAGGAUGUGAACGACAACGCCCCGGUCUUUUCAAAGUCCUGGUACCGACUGGAGGUGCCGGAGAACCAGGCUGCUGUAGAGCUCUGCUUCCUCAAGGCUACAGACCCCGACUCGGGUCUGGGUGGAGAGCUGGAGUACAGGAUUGCUGGAGGAGAUUUCCGAGGAGACUUCCAUCUUGACCUCAGCACGGGGGCUCUGUCUACCUCACGGAGCCUGGACAGGGAGACGAAGGCGGAGUACAACCUGGAGGUGGUGGCGACGGACCGCGGCAGCCCUGCUCUCAGCACCACGGCCACUGUGGAGGUGGUGGUGCUGGACGUCAACGACAACAGCCCUGUUUUCAGCAAAGCCAGUUACUCAGUGGACGUGUCAGAGGACGCUAAAGAGGGAACAAAGGUUCUGGAGGUCUCUGCCACCGAUCCUGACGAGGGACAGAAUGGGAAAGUCCUGUAUUUCCUCAGCAGGGAGACUCACGGAGCGUUCACUGUGGAUGAAAACACCGGAGUCAUCACCACAGCAGCUCCUCUGGACAGAGAGAAGUGGGCGUCCUACACCUUCCAGGUGUUCGCUGUAGAUCUGUCUCCUGCUGCGCCCAGGAACACAUCUGCUCAGGUGACGGUCACGGUUCUGGACGUCAACGACAACGCUCCAUUUUUCCUCCAGGAUCCUCUGGUCAUCGAGGUGUCCAGCAGCAAGUCUCAGCGAGUCCUGGCCACCAUGAAGGCGGAGGAUAAGGACUUUGGAGCCAACGGUUCGGUCUUUUAUCGUUUCGCCAUGCCGGUGAAGGGUUUCAGCAUCAACUCCCUAACCGGGGAGAUCCAGGCUACUCAGCCGCUAGAAGACCUGAGCCAAGCUCAGAGGACGCUGAUUGUGGAGGCCAUGGACCAGGGCAGUCCAGCUCCUCAGUCAGCACAGGGUGUGGUGGUCAUCUAUGUCAAGGAGGUGCCUUACAGCGGCAUACGGUUUUCUAGAAACGCCAGAGACGUCAGCAUUCAGGAGAACGCCGUAAGAGGAACAACUGUGGCUCAAGCUCAGGCUCAACACCCAGACGGUUCACGUGAAGGUAUCAGCUACAGCCUGUUCAGUGGGAACAGGAAACAGUCCUUCAGCAUCAGUUCCUCGUCAGGUGAAAUUCGAGUGGCGAGCUCCACGGGUUUGGAUUUUGAAGACACGCCCAGGCUCCGCCUAGUGGUGAAGGCUGAAACUGUGUCUUCUACGUCCUUCAUGGCUAUUAACUUGAACCUGCAGGAUGUCAACGACAACCUUCCUCGGUUCCAGCUGCAGAAUUACAUAGCCUACAUGAGAGAAGCUCAGGGAUAUGAAACACCGAUCAUACAGGUGGUGGCUGAGGAUGUUGAUCAGGGCCAAAAUGGUCAGGUGACCUACUCCAUCCAGUCGUCGGGUGUGAGCGGCCUCUUCAAGAUUGACCCGAUGACAGGAAGCAUCACCACAGCAGCCAUCAUGGACCGUGAAAUCUUUACCCAGACCAAGUUAGUGAUUACAGCAACAGACAGAGGAAGUCCGAGGCUAGCUGGAUCGGCCACGUUGACAGUGAUCAUCAUUGACCAGAACGACAACAGUCCCACUAUUCCCCUGCCAAAGGAAGUCCGCAUUCCAGAGAAUACACUGAUUGGAUCUGAGAUCACCCUGGUGACCGGUAACGACGUGGACUCCAGCCCCGCCCUCUCCUACUCCUUACAGUUGGACCCCAUGGCCUUUGGCAAGUUUGGGAUCCACCGUUUCAGCGGGGGCGUGUCCCUCACCGCCCCUCUGGACUUCGAGGAGAAGACCUGGUACACCGUCACUGUCAGAGCUACAGACAGCCAGCACCAGACUGAGGCCAACAUCACGAUACUGGUGGAGGACAUUAACGACAACGCACCUGUGUUCACUCAGGACCUCUACCAGGUUACCCUGCCUGAGCACACACCCCCGGGAAGUGCAGUUAUCACGGUAACAGCCACAGACCGGGACACAGGAGACAACGGAAAGAUCACCUACAGAGUCAUGUCCUCCACCCAGGACGGCUUCUACAUCGAUCCCAACAACGGGACAUUGUUCAUCAGUCACAGAGCCGAAUUUGAUCCAGAGCGUCCUUCGGUCAGCAUUGUCAUUGAAGCUUGCGAUGGAGGCUCUCCUUCCCUGUCGUCCCUGACGACAAUCCAACUUCAGAUCUCUGACGUCAAUGACAACGCUCCAGUGUUCCAUCAAUCUGAAUACAGGGCCACAGUGUCUGAGGACACCAUUCCAGGCUCCACAGUCCUGACGUUUGAGGCCUCUGACAGUGAUCUCUCUCGAGAAAACUGUGGAUUUGACUUCGCUAUCGCUAAUGGAAACGAAGGAAAUGCUUUCCAGAUAGAGAGCAGCGUGCGCUUCCUAGAGGGGCGGGGCUUCCAAACAGUUGGAACCCUGCUGUUGGCUGAAGGGCUUGACUUUGAGAUCAAACCACUUUACAAUCUCACUGUGGUGGUUUCAGACCGAGGCGUGCCCCAGAGGAGUUCUAGUGUCGCUGCAAUCAUAAGUAUCGGUGACGUGAACGAUAAUCCUCCAGUCUUCAGCAGUGCUGAAUAUACCGUGUCUCUAAGUGAAGGAGCUGCUGCUGGGACUGAAAUCAUACGACUCACAGCUACAGACCCAGACUCAACCCCGAAUGCUGAGGUCCAGUAUUCCAUCAGUUCUGGUAAUGAGGUGGACCUGUUCACUGUGGACCACUGGACCGGAGCGCUACGGCUACAGCGAACCCUUGACCGUGAGCACCAGUCCACACACGUCGUCAUCGUCCAGGCCACAGAUGGACACGGACACUUCUCUCUGGCGCCGGUGAUUGUUGAGGUCAAAGACAUCAACGACAACCAUCCUUUCUUCCCUGUGGAAGUUCUGACUGCGAGCAUCAGAGAAAACCAGCCGACCAACUCAGCUGUUACUGUUCUCCACGCCAUUGACCAUGACACCGGGGUUUUUGGACAGCUCAAGUACUACAUGGUGGAACGGACCAGGGCGGGAAAAGACAGCUUCUCCGUGGACCAGAACACGGGGGAAAUCAGAAGCAAAGUGUCCUUUGAUUUUGAGAAGAUUAACUCUUUUAACUUUGUGGCCAUUGCUGUGGAUUCUGGCAACCACACUGCCACUGUGACCGUGCAGGUCUUUGUCACCGGGGAAGACGAGUACGAUCCCAUCUUUACUUCCUCAGAUUUCAGUUUUGAAGUUCCAGAAGGAGCCAAGAAAGGCCAAAGCAUCGGCCAGGUCCAGGCAAAUGAUGAGGAUGGAGGUGUGGAUGGUAUUGUUCUCUAUUCUCUUCCCACCAGCUCUCCAUUUUUUGAUGUGAACAAAACCACUGGGGUGGUUUUCCUGAAGCUGGACAGUUCAGGUGGCAGCAGUGGCAGCGGAUCCAAUCGGGCCAAGAGGGACACCAGGCUGAUGACUCUGGAUGUGAGAGCUCACAGUCCUCUCGACACGUCCCGCACAACUACAGCCCAGAUCUCCAUUGAUGUAACCAACACCACCUUUGGCCUGGCUGCUGACGUGAACAUUUUGUUAGUUAGCAUCAUUGCUGCUUCCCUUGGUUUCAUCGUGUUGCUCGUGAUCAUGGCCGUGGUGGUGUUCCUGGUGAAGUCACGUAGGAAAAAGAAGGAUCAGGACGCUGCUAAUCGAUCUGCCGCCUCAGGAACCGCCCUUCAGAAAAUAGAUGACUGUAAUUCUGGGCCUGGAGGAGAGAGGAUCUACCACCAGACGCUGCCAGGCUACACUUCUGACCAAGGUGGAGCCGGGGGUGCUCCUUACCCAAGAGGGGGCUCUUUGGAUCCCUCACACUCCAGUGGGAGAGGAUCAGCCGAGGCAGCAGAAGACGAUGAGAUCAGGAUGAUUAACGAGUAUCCUCGCGUUGCCUCCAUCACCUCCUCCAUGCAGGAGCACAUAUCAGCCCGAGGACCAGAUUCUGGAAUUCUGCAGGAUGCUGACCAGCUUUCAGAUAUUUCCUGUGAACCGGCAGCUCUGGAGGGCAGCACUUGGUUCAAAGGAAAGAAACUGGGAGGCAGUCUCAGUGGGACCUUGCUCUCUGGCACACUUCCAGUUUACAGGGAUGAAGGAAGUGGAUAUCUGGGGGUAGGCCGUGGCCUCAACAUUUCUCUGCCCAAGGAAUACGCCUUCCCUGAAGAUGGUAAACCCUCAGUGGACGGUUCUCUCACGGCUAUCGUUGCCAGCGAUGAGGAGCUCCGUGGAAGCUACAACUGGGAUUAUCUGCUCAACUGGUGCCCACAGUUCCAGCCUUUGGCAAAUGUCUUCACUGAAAUCGCCAGGCUUAAAGAUGAAACUGCUCAGCAGAGCCAAAAUCCUAGACAACCCUUCCAGCCCAAACCCAAAAUGGACCCCAAACCUAGAAUUGAUCCUCCUCCUCUGAUCACAUCAGUAGCUCACCCGGGGGCCAUGACAGUGCCUCCUAAAGUCCCUAUAAUUGGUCGGACUUUCCCCCACUUGGCUUCCCUUCGACGGUCCCCUAUCAGUCACGAGGGGUCAAUUUCAUCAGCAGCAAUGUCCCCCAGCUUCUCCCCAUCUCUGUCCCCACUGGCGGCGCGGUCCCCCGCUGUCUCCCCCUUUGGAGUCACCCAAGGGCCCUCAGCAUCCAUGAUCAGCACCAGGGAGCCCUCACUGGACCGGAGUCCUGAUCACGAAAUGAGAAUAUGAUGUAAAAAGUAGAACUAUUUAAAGUAGAACUUGAGGACAGACGUUUGUCUGAUCAUAUGUGUUCUGGACCUUUUUCUCCGUCUUCUGGUAGAAUAUGUGAUUGGAAGAACUUCCCUCGGUCGCCGCAGGAACACAGCCAAGUGGAACAUGUGCCUAGGUUGACAGGACCAGCCCACCAUUCCACAGUGACGCAGGUCUCCAUGAACUGAUCAGGAUUGAGGGGUGAACUUCUUCCUCAUCCCGCAGUCAGAGAUCCCUUAGUGUGUAGAUAGAAAAA